AUGCUUGUGGUUGCAACAUCGGGGACUGGAUUUGUCUUGGGGAGUGGUAGUGCUGUUGAUCUUUCAGCACUUUCUUGGACUUGCUUGGGUACCAUGAUGGUUGCUGCAUCUGCUAACUCUUUGAACAGGUUGGUGUUUGAGAUAAAUAAUGUUGCUAAAAUGAAGAGAACAAGUCAAAGGCCACUACCCUCAGGACGUAUCACAAAGUCUCAUGCAGUUUGCUGGGCAUCCUCUGUUGGAUUAGCUGGUACAGCUCUGCUAGCAACACAGAUGUACUCUCUUGCUGAUGCAUCUGGACAGAGAACAGCAUCGGUGGCUUUAAGGAACUCUAUAUAUCUAAUCCCUUUGGGGUUUUUGGCUUAUGAUUGUGAGUAA